UUUCCUCAAAUGAAAUUUCGCGUGUCGGGACUAGACGCAAAGGCAAAAUAUAUUCUGCUAUUAGAUAUUGUAGCUGCUGAUGACUAUCGCUAUAAAUUUCACAAUAGUCGAUGGAUGAUUGCUGGUAAAGCAGAUCCCGAAAUGCCCAAGCGAAUGUACAUUCAUCCCGAUUCGCCAACAACUGGUGAGCAAUGGAUGCAAAAAGUCGUCUCAUUUCACAAACUUAAACUGACAAACAAUAUCAGUGAUAAACAUGGAUUUGUAAGUACUACGAUACUCAAUUCUAUGCAUAAAUAUCAACCACGUUUUCAUUUGGUGCGCGCAAAUGAUAUUCUAAAACUACCGUAUUCUACAUUUAGAACGUACGUCUUCAAAGAGACGGAAUUUAUAGCUGUGACUGCAUAUCAAAAUGAAAAGAUAACUCAGUUAAAAAUCGACAACAAUCCUUUUGCAAAGGGAUUUCGAGACACAGGUGCUGGCAAACGUGAAAAAAAGCAAGCUUUAAUGUCCAAUCGCGGGUCCGAUUCGGAUAAACUUAAUCCCACUCAUGUCAGUAGCACACGAGCCCCUCUGCAUUUAGGACACACAGGCCGGCCGCCGCACCACUUACACCCACAUGCAGUUUUGCACGACAAUCAACAAGAUGAGGAAGACAAAUUAUUAGAUGUAGUAGGACCUCCUCAAAGCCCAUUACUGCCUUUAAGUCAUUCGUUACAACAGAUGCACGCCCACCAACAUUCGACCCUUGCAGCUUGGUUCAACCACUUGGCCAGUGCGGGCGAUCAUAACACUGAGGAUGCUCUUCGACGGCGGCUACAAUCAGAUGAAGUUGAACGCGACGGCAGUGAUUCAAGUUGUUCUGAAAGUAUAGGUGGUAGUACAGGUGGAGCAUUUAGACCAACAUCAUCGGGUAGUCCAAAGGAGGGAACGACUGGACUAAAUAGUGCAGCUUCAUAUCCUGCACCAAAUAUAUCAGUUGGCCCGCCUAUACAUCCAUCACCGCAUUUAUUGCCUUAUCUCUAUCCCCACGCUCUUUACCCGCCCCCCCAUUUAGGAUUGCUCCACAAUCCAGCAACAGCUAUGAAUCCUACCGGGCUCAAUCCCGGCCUACUUUUUAAUGCUCAACUUGCCUUGGCUGCUCAGCACCCUGCCUUAUUUGGUCACUACUCAGGACAUGCACCAGCGUCUCCAUUACAAAAUCUUAAGGGUCAUCGAUUUUCACCAUAUAGUUUACCCGGCAGUUUAGGAUCCGCGUUUGAUGCUGUAACACCAGGGUCGAAUUCAAACCGUACUGGAACCAACUCGUCAGAUUGCCCCAACAUAAGCGGAACCGUAAGUGCUGAAAAUGGACCCCGUAGCCUUAGCUCUAGCCCUCGACCUCGUGCCUCAUCUCACUCGCCUCCUACUCGGCCAAUUUCAAUGUCACCAACUACACCACCGUCUCUGCUAAAGCGAACUAAUUCACCAACGGAAUUGAAAAGCAUAGAAAAUAUGGUGAACGGUCUCGAGGUGCAACAUAACGGUAGCUCCAUUGGAUCUGUCGAUGAAUUGCAGCGAAAAUCUCCUGGAAUGCAUAUAGAUCAGUGACACUUAUACGAUCGAGAUGAUAACGAUCGUUCAUCUAUUAUUGAUCUCGAUGAUGUGUGACCAUUUCAUUGUCGACUCGAAUUUGCUCGCCUGAAUCCAAUUUCAAAUGCAAUUGUCAAUCAGCGUUAUGAAUUUUGAAAUAUUUAAUUUCACACUGUAUGCUUCUUAUACUGAUGGCGAUGCUGAUUUAUUUCUUGGGGCAAAAUUUUGCAACGCUUUUCAUUUGUUAAAUUUUGAAGCCAAAGAUACUGUUAAUGUAGGUUUCUUUUUUCACUCAGAAAAGAAUAUUAUGUAUACCUAUAUAUUUGUAAGUUGUAAGAGGUAACCACAAAUGUAAUCGUCGAUUCCUAUUAUCCACACUUUGUGCAAUUUUAGCCAACGAACGUUCGAUCGCUCCGUUUUUGUUUCUUACGAUUGCAUCAGGUAUACAUUUAAGAAGGAGGUAGUGUAUUUUAUACCGUCUCUUAUCAUUCCCGAUAAAAAAUGCAUGUGUUUUCUACAUCUACCUUUGUUCUAAAACAUAUGCGUUGUGAAUACAAUUGUAAGGUGUUAGAAGAAGAUGCAAUGAAGUUGGUGCGGUAAAAAAGUUAUAGAGUGCGAUUUGAAGAAAUAAAUUUAUAGAAUAUUAUAAAUAUUCAUUUCAUUUUAUCGUCGUAAACGUCGGCAGAAUAUUUUUUGGUUACCUAAAGCAUAAGAAUUUAGUGUUAGUUAAUACCGUUUUUUGUAUUCAAAAUCUAAAUCCCCUAGUUCCUUCAGCUAGUUGUCAAUUGAAAUUGGACUCCCAAAGCGUAUAUCGGGCGGCCUAAUAGAUCGCCCAAUAUAGCACUUUAAUUGCGCUGCACAAUUUUAAUUUUAAGGUGUGAUCUAUUGGACGAAACUUUAUAAAUUAUUUGCUAUCCUAAGCCUGACAUACAUUCCUUUCCCAAAAAAUUUUUGACACUAUAGUCCAAUAAUCGAUUGCACUUGUUCAUUUUUAAGCAACUUUAAUGAAGAAAAUAUGUACGCCGUUCGUAUUAGCAUAAAUGAAUUAAAAAAAUAAAACAUGGCAAAGCAAUAUUAAUUGUGAUUAAGAUCUUUUCAAACUUAUGUGUAAUUUGAAUAUGUAUAAGUACCCGUAUGUAUUUAAAUUAAUAUAAAGCGUUUGUUAAACAUGAAUAUACAAACAUAUGCCAGUAUAUGCAUUAUAUUAUUAUAUAUGCAUUACCUACAUUUAAUUGUGUACAUACGUACAAGUGAAAAUAAUAAACAAACUGGAGAUAUAAGAUCUAUUGCCAGACUAAUUUUUUAGUCGCUUCUGUAAUUUAUGAACAUCGUUUCAAAAUUGAACAUCUCUUUCAGUCAAUUUUUAAAGAAAGUUCUAAGCGAAUAUAUGACAUCGUGCAAACCAAUGCAACUAAUAGAAAUUUGUAAUUAUAAUUAGAUUUAAUUGUAAAUAUACAAAAUUUUAAAUAACGAUCGCAA